CGAGCAGCAGAGCAGCUCUCAGCCUUUAGGGACUGCAGCCUCACUUAUCUAAAUACUCUUUAAAAUGUCAGGAGCCAUCAUAGAGAACAUGAGCUCUAAGAAACUGGUUUUCUUGGGAUUUUUUAUUCUUGGUUUCCAAAUUCUUUCCAUCAUGGUUGGGGCAUUAAUUGCUCCCAGUCACACCAGUGCCAUUCGCUACUUGGCCACAAAAUGUAUAAAUCGCUCCAGGGUGCGCGGCUGGCUCAUGCCGUGGGGAUCAAACCGGUGCCAGCAGGUCAAUAGUUUCAACGAGCCUCUGGCAAAAACACUGGAUGCCAACGACAUCGUUUUCGCUGUGCACAUACCCCUCCCCAACAACCAGAUGAGCCCCUGGUUCCAGUACAUGCUGGCUGUUCUGCAGUUUGACAUUGCAUUCAAAAUGAUCAAUCAGAUUGAAGAUGACGUCAUCAUCACCAUGGAUGCCGGCCUGGCAUACAGGGAUGAUGUGAUAUCUGAGUGGACCACAACGCAUCAAUCAGUGGAGCAGAGGCCCCUCAGGUGCACGUUUUCUGUCCCUAAGACAUAUGAAAACGAAGGCCGCUAUUAUCACUGUGACCCCAUACCAAUCAUGGAACUGGGAAGUGUGGCCCACAAAUAUUUCUUGAUCAACCUUCGCUUGCCGGUUAAUGACACAGUGAACGUUGGAAUUGGAGAAAUAAAGGACAUCCAUCUAGUGGGCAUCCACCAGAAUGGAGGCUUCACUAAGGUGUGGAUCAGCAUGAAGAUGGUGUUCACUCCCUGGAUAUUUGUGGCAUCAGUUUGGUACUGGCACAGGAUUGGCCUCAUGGCGAGACCUCCAGUCCUUCUGGAAAAGGUGAUUCUUGCUUUGGGCGUCUCCAUGACGUUCCUGAAUGUUCCGCUGGAGUGGCUUUCUCUGGGCUGUGAGUGGACCUGGAUGCUGCUGUUUGAAGAUGCUCAACAGGGCGUCUUCUACGUCACUCUCUUCUGUUUCUGGAUCAUCUUCUGUGGCGAACACCUCAUGGACCAGAGUCACAGGAACCGCCUGUCAGCGUACUGGUGGCAGGUCGGGCUGGUGAUGUUCGGCUCAUCUCUUUUGCUCGUGUUGGACCUGAGUGAAAGGGGGGUUCAUUUGAACAACCCUUUCUACAGUGUUUGGGCAUCAGAAAUCGGGACAAAUAUUUCAAUAACCUUCAUCCUCGUGGCAGGGAUUUCUGUUGGUCUCUAUUUCCUCUCUUUGUGUGGCAUGGUGCGUUGUGUGUUCAGGAACAUUGGUGCGAAAAUACAGCAAUUUCCCGCAAUACCCGAGGCUAGGAGACUGCACUAUAAGGGUAUAAUCUUCAGGUUCAAGUUUCUGAUGUUGGUAACUCUAGCAUGUGCAGCCAUGACGGUUAUCUUCUUCAUCCUUAAUCAAGUCAGUGAUGGUCACUGGCACUGGGGAGACUACACUCUGCAGGUCCAGAGUGCGUUCCUCACAGGGGUCUAUGGCAUGUGGAACCUGUAUGUUUUCACCAUCAUCUUCCUCUAUGCACCCUCCCACAAGCACAGGAGAAACAAGUCAGGAGAUAUUCAUCAAACAGAUUUUCUGGAGAAGCCAGAGAGCCAGGAGACCCAGCUGACCUGUGGAGAGCAGGGGCCCACAGAGACAUACAGGAUCACAGGGAAGGUGGCUGAAGAAUAACUGAAGAAUAUUGCAUUCCUUUAUAAUUUGCAUUAGCAGUGCAAUUUCCGUAGAAUACCCAUGUACACUAAGUGACGAUUGAAACCAUAACGAUACAACCACAUUUAAAUUAAGAAGACUUCAGUGUCUUUGUGAACACUAACAUGGUUAAACAUAGAAAUGAUCUUUAAUUGCUAUUGAUAUGUGUCUAAAGAGAGCGUUAAUUGUUGUUUGGUUGUUCAAUUGUACAGUUAGGUAAUAUAAUGUUCCUAAAUAGGUGUCGGAGAAUUUGUAGUCUCAUAUUCAUUUGGAUUUUUAUUAGCAGCAUAAUACAUUUUCUUUUUUUAAAAAAUGUGGCUUUAGUUGUCUAAAUUAAAAUUCUUUCUCAAAGUAACAUUUUCAGUUCCCACAUCGAAUGCAGUACAACACAUUCACUGAGCAAUGUCAAUUGGAUUUUCACUCAUAGCAUGAGCAUUUUCUGAAAAUAUUAAAGUGAAAGGGAUUUGAGGUUUUCAAAUUCCAA